CCUCCUUCACUGAGCUGGGAGUGGGUAGCACAUGUGGGGUCUGGUGUAGCUAGCUGCAGCUAAGUUAAACUCUGCCUUGGAGCAUCUAGUUCUCUGCAGUCGCAUGGGUGUCUCUGUGGAGUAAUGUCCUUCAGGGCUGUGGUUUUAUUGCAGAUAAAGGCCCCCAUCAAAAGCUGUGUAUUAAGCCAUGGAGACAGAUGAGGGAUUGAUUCUCAACGUGAGUUCUCUGCCUUCCCCAGAGUCCCACCAUUCUGCAGGACACAAGAGGUUCCGCAAGCCAUUGCCCGGCAAGGACAAGUGGCAAUCUAAAGCUCUGAAAAGGAAGCUCCAAUGGGCAGACGAAGGCACACCUUCAAAGCAGAAACCCAAGUUGUCAGUAUCCCCAAUCAAGAAAUGCACUAAGGAGGCUGACAUCUGCGUGAAAGGAAAUUUGUCAUCAAAAUCUCCUCCGAAGAAGCACUCGACGGUCAGACAGAAUGAGAGCCUAAGCAGCAGACCUUUCAUUAAGACGUCGUGUCUGUUUAAAAACAACCCUAAGAUUCCAGAAAUUCACAGAGGUGGAGUGAAACAGGUGCAGGAAAAAGUUUUCACUUCAGAUUCUUUCAGCCAGCUGGACCUCCAUCCCCAUCUGAUUUCCACAAUAACCACGGUCUUGAAGAUGUCUAGUAUGACCAGUGUUCAGAAGCAAACUAUUCCUGUGCUGCUAAAAGGCAAGGAUGCACUGGUGAGGUCCCAGACAGGGUCAGGUAAAACUCUUGCCUAUGGUAUCCCCCUUGUACAGUCCUUGCAGGGAAUGAAGUCAAAAAUACAGCGCAGCGAUGGGCCUUAUGCACUUAUAUUAGUUCCAACCAGAGAGCUAGCCCUACAGAGCUUUGAUACAGUCCAGAAAUUGCUGAAGCCAUUUACCUGGAUUGUGCCUGGCGUGCUAAUGGGGGGAGAAAAGAGGAAGUCUGAAAAAGCCAGAUUACGUAAAGGAAUAAAUAUCCUCAUUUCAACUCCUGGCCGCCUGGUUGAUCACAUCAAGUCCACAAAGUGCAUUCACUUCCGUCGUAUUCAGUGGCUGAUUAUGGAUGAGGCCGACAGGAUCCUGGACAUGGGCUUUGAGAAGGAUGUGACCGUGAUACUCAAUGCUUUAAAUGCAGAGAGCGAGAGGCGGCAGAAUGUCCUGCUCUCAGCCACGCUCACAGAAGGAGUAACGAGGUUGGCCAAUAUCAGUUUGCAUGAUCCAGUGAGCAUUGCCAUUGUGGAGGAAACCUGGGACAGAACCACACCAGAGCAGGAAGCCAUUGGUUCACCAGCCCGCAUGGAAGAGGAUGGCUUUGCCAUACCGGAGAAGCUCAAGCAGCAUGUGGUGGUGGUUCCCAGCAAACUGAGGCUUGUCACGCUAGCAGCUUUUAUCCUGGGGAAGUGCAAGUUUGAAAAACGCCACAAGAUGAUCGUUUUUUUCUCCAGCUGUGAGCAAGUGGAGUUCCACUACAAGCUCCUCCUGAAAGUCCUGCUGGGAGGUCAAGAGGCUGAAGAACCUGAACGUUUGCCACUCCCCUCUUCCCACUUAAAGUUCCUGCGACUACACGGCAACAUGGAACAGGAGGAAAGGACAGCAGUGUUCCAGGAGUUCUUACAAUGCAAGACAGGCAUCUUACUUUGCACUGAUGUCGCAGCACGAGGAUUAGACCUGCCUCAGGUCACAUGGAUUGUUCAGUAUAACGCUCCGGCUUCGCCUGCAGAAUACGUCCACCGAAUUGGGAGGACGGCUCGGAUUGGCUGUCACGGGAACAGCUUGCUCGUCCUGACUCCUUCGGAGGCAGAAUAUGUCAACUCGCUGGCUUCUCACAAGAUUAAUGUCUCCGAAAUGAAGAUGGAGGAUAUUCUGUCCAGCCUGAUGAAAGACGAUCGUUUCCAGGGGCGCCGGUGGGGAACCAAGAAAUCCCGUGGCACGAACCCCCAGGAAGUGCGGGAACGGGCGACGGUCUUGCAGACGGAAUUUGAAAAUUAUGUGCACUCCGGUGAGGGAACUGUCCAGUGGGCAAAGAAAGGUAGGAUCUGUAAAGUGUGGCACAGAGCAAUACAGUGAGUUUUUACCAUCUCUUCUUAGAUUUGAGAAUAUGGCAGUGGGACAGGAGGCAAGAGAUUGCAUCUGCUCUGGGGGGAAAUUACCAUGAGAGUGGCCAGAGAUCCUGUACUGAUGCACUGCCUCCUGGCAGAAACCAAAGGGAUGGGACAAUAUGAACUGAUACAGCCCUCCUAUUCUACAAGGCUGAUCUGGGGCACAGGGAAUGUACAUGGAAAAACAAAAUACCUGUUGUGAAAACAGUGUCCAAGGCAAAUUACUAACUGUUACCCAAACUUAAUAUUGGAUGCCCUUUCGAGGACCCCAGUCCUGCACCCAAGGAACUGAACCAUCUAUGCUCUAGGGUAAUAUAGAAGUAGAUUAUUUUCCUUUGAACCUUCUUCCUUCCAUCUCACUUCACCUCCUGGUCAAUUUCUUCCCAUCCCACUCAGUUACGAGCUAAAUACUGCUGUCCUAACUUCAGUAGAAUUCCCAUUGACUUCAGUGCAGAACUUCCCAUUGACUUCUAAGAGAGCAGGGUUCUUUAUGAAUUCACUGUAUAUUGAAUUAUUAACAAUCUGAAUCAUUCUUACCAAAACAAAAAACCCACAAUAAAAGUGAAAUACUUUCCUUGUGGAUGGUAAUGUCUGCCAGAAAAGAUCAUUCCAUUUCAAGGUACAAAUAAAGAAAGUGAUCAGAGAGCACCAUCUUGUAACGGUACAUGCUGGGGAGGGAGAAGAUGCUCCCGAUAUAUAAUGUAAAUUCAGGAUUCAAGGCUGUUGUAUUAAAUUUAAGACAAAUGGCUAGGUCUGUUGCCAAGAGAGCAGAGGUGCUAUUUUCUGAAUGUCGUGCUAGCUUCUUGAGUAAGGACAUAGUGAAGGAAUCGUGUUUAGUAAUAGAUCUUCCUGCCCUAAUCUAAUCUGUACAUUUCAAAUGGCAUGCAUCAAGAUGAUGAUGAGCAAGGAACUGGGAGUUGGAAUUCUAGGGUUCUGGUCCUAGCUUUGACCUUGGGCAUGUCAUAGAAUAGCUCUCUGCCUCGUUUUCACCUUUAAAUUCUUGCAUCACUCCUCUGGAGGCCUGGGAAGCUCAAUUCAGUCAUGUUUUAAAGCGUUUUGAGCUCUUUGGAUGGAAGGUGCUAGAGACUUGCGAAAUAUAAUAGCCAAACCUUGCUGUUGUGGACGUUGCUAUGAACUGCUUGAUUGAUGCUAUAGUACUUUUAUGGUUUUUAACCAAGUAUCUCAAAGCUCAUUACAAACACAAGGGCCAAACCUUCCUCCCUGAUCAAAUUCUUGCUCCUAACCCACUAGGCUUCUUGACACUCCAGUGAGUGUCCCCUGUUAUCCCCAUUUUACAGCGGAGGAAACUCCGAGGCCGAGAGCCAUUCCAUGACUUAGGCCUGGU